ACAGACAGGUCAAAUAUACAGUCUUAAAAUGGACGGGGUCCUGGUUUUUCUGGUCCUCUGUGGGACCCUGGCACCUGCACUCAGUGCACUUACUCCUCCUGCAACCUUCCUUCCUUCCAACCCCUACACCACCACUCCAGCCACCCCUCCUCAGACGACGACGAGAGCUGCGACAACCGUGCAGCGCAGUGCCAUGAGCGGCACCUACCUGCUGACAGUGCCACAGAAAGCUAUACCCGGUUUCAACUUCACCCUGGGGUACGAGUCGUUUGUCGACAGACCGGUGGAGCUCCAUGCCAGAAUCUAUGAGAUCGUGUAUGAUGGUGCGGCGGGUAGAUAUGCAUACCCGACUGUCGUCACCGCUACUGGCUCCUUUGUCAAAGGUCAGCCUGGUCUGCUAGACCUGCCUCUGCCGUCCAAUCUGAGGCAAGGGAACUACUACUGGGAGAUGGGCUGUAACGACUGCGAUUUCCUCCCAUCUACUAACUACAACGACUAUGCUGUUCACACCAGAAAACACUAUGUUAGUGGAAGGUUAAACGUGGCCUACGACAUUACAACUAUUCUGGUACAGACGGACAAAGCCAUCUACAAGCCCGGACAGCUCGUGCAUUACAGGGUGUUUGCAGUUUACUCAGACCUCAGGAUGUACACUGGAAAAUUCCAGAUAGAAGUUUCGGAUCCUAAUGGAAAUAAAAUUCAGAGACUGUCAGAAGUGUCCGGAACACAAGGUGUAGUGGAAGGAAGUCUAGGGUUAGCCGACAAGCCUCUCUUUGGAGACUGGACUAUCUCGGUACAAAUUCAGACAACAACACGUUCUGACUCGUAUUCUAAGAAGUUCUCGGUGCAGGAAUACACCUUGCCGAGGUUUGAAGUCAACGUCGACGUACCGUCCUACGUGCUGCUGACGGACGAAGACGUCAAAGGAUCCGUCAAGGCCACCUACACGUUCGGUCAGCCGGUGAAAGGCAUGGUGGAGCUCCACGUGUCCUCCAUGGCGGGGCUGUACUACUGUGGCAAGGAACCUCCCUUCAUGCAGAUCGCCUUUGACAUUGACGGAGAAGCGAAGUUCUCUGUACCCCGGGUAGACAUCAGCCGUGUGGUGAGCACCUACGACGGUUCUCAGAUUAAGAUAACAGCCAUUGUCAAGGAGACGUUGACGGACGUGAAGCUGCAGGGGUCGGCGGUGGUGACCUACAGGAGCACGCCGUACAAAGUGACCAUACUGGACAACACGCCUGGUGUCUUCAAGCCUGGACUUCCAUUCAGUGUCUUCGCCAAGGCUUCAAUGCAAGACGACAGUCCAGUGGCUGGUUCCACCACCAUGACCAUCUUCACAACGGCUCACUACAAUGUCUCCGCGGACAACAGCUUCCUGUACGGGGUGUCACAGUUCACGGGUACCUACCCGUUGCCAGUAAGGACGAUUGAUGUUCCUCCAUCUGGUGUAGUCAAGAUCGACAUCGACAUCCCCUCCAACGCCACCUCGCUCGACGUCACUGUGGAUUUUAAAGGUGUGACAGCCAUCAAGAACAUUUACAAAAUGUUUUCUGUCAGCAAUAAUUAUCUGCAACUGACCCUUCUAGACAAAAACCUUAAGAGUGGACAAACAGCCCGCAUUCAGGCGAAGGCUACGGAGCCCAUUGGUCGCCUGUGGUACCAGGUUCUUUCCAGAGGAAUAGUCUACGAAGCCGCCACUGUGGAUGCUAAAGGUCAGCACGUGCUGGUCAUUAACAUUCCAGUGACCCCUGACCUGGCGCCAACCGCUCACAUGAUGGCCUACUACGUGCGACCUGACCUAGAAAUCGUGGCGGACAGCAUCGCCUUCAACGUCGAUGGAAUCUUUAAAAACGAGGUAACUCUGGAACUCAGCACCAACAAAAGCGAGCCGCACACUGACCUGGAUGUCUACCUCACCGCUGACCCUGACUCCAUGGUCUACUUGCUCGCUGUCGACCAGAGUGUCCUACUCAUGAAAACCGGAAACGACGUCACACCAGACGAGGUGGCAGACGCAGCUGCUAGCUACAGUGUAGGCAAGAAGCCAUCCGACUCCGAAUUCGCUCUUUCCCUCAGUCAGCAAAACAUCGCAGGUACCAUCCAGGGAGCCGGUGUUAGUGUUCUCUCUGAUGUAAAUCUUUAUGCGACUUCUGCUCCUACCGUAGAACCACCAAAGGAUCCAUCAAUUUACGGACCUGAUGUACAUGCACAAGCCACGCCAACACCACUCCCUACUUGUGUUCCACAUUUAAUGGGUUCGUGGGGUGAGAAUCCUUACGUGGACUCACAUAAAAAUCAGCCUCUACAGGAGGUAGAGAGGGUGCGCAACCUGUUCCCUGAGACCUGGCUCUGGCUGAACCAGACAGUCGGACGCAACGGCUCGGCGACGAUUCACACCACAGUCCCAGACACCAUCACCUCCUGGAUCACCACAGCCUUCGCCACCAACCUUCAGUCUGGUCUGGGAAUCACUUCAUCUGCUGCUAAGCUGACGGUCUUCCGCUCCUUCUUCGUGAGUCUCACCCUGCCUACGUCAGUCAUCAGGGGAGAGUACGUUGUGGUGCAGGCCAGCGUCUUUAAUUACCUCCCUUCAGACGUGUCGGUACUGGUGACACUGCCAGCCUCUCACGAGUACUCCAGUGUCGUCAUCACGUCCGAUGGAAGUGAGGCGAUUGAUUCAGGAGACCAAGAACGUGCAGUGACCGUGAAGUCUAACGAGCAGGCUGUGGUGUACUUCCCCAUCAUCCCCACGGCCCUGGGAGCCAUCGACAUCGAGGUGUCCGCCAGGUCCACGCUGGCUGCUGAUGCCGAACGUCGACAACUCAACGUUGAGGCUGAAGGCGUGCCCAACGAGUUCAGUAUCCCGGUCUUUAUCAACCUCGGUCCUAACGGUUCGGACACCUUCACCCAGACAUUCCCCAUCACCGUGCCUAGCGACGUCGUGGAAGGUUCCUCCAGGUCACGAGUAAAGAUCACAGGGGACAUUUUGGGACCCAGCGUUGAUGGUCUCGACACUCUUCUGCGCAUGCCCACCGGAUGUGGUGAGCAGAACAUGAUCAGGAUGGCGCCUAACCUCUACGUCUCCAAUUAUCUCAAGGCCACGGGACAGAUGACCUCUGACCUUGGAAUACGAAUCAAGAAUCUUCUAGAAACAGGCUACCAGAGAGAACUCACCUACCAGAGACAAGAUGGAGCCUUCAGCACCUUUGGGAACAACGACAACUCAGGCAGCACGUGGUUGACGGCGUUCGUCCUCCGUGUGUUCCACGAGGCGAGGUCCGAUGUUUAUGUGGAUUCUGCUGUCCUUCAGAGAGCCAUGGACUGGCUGAUACAGCGACAGAACACUGACGGCUCCUUCAACGAGUUCGGACACAUCUUCGACCCACAGAUGAAGAAAUUCGGAGACCACUCCACUGGUCUGACGGCCUUUGUUCUCCUGGCUCUGGUGGAGAAUUCUGAUGUUCCUUCGACAAAGGCUCAAAUGGAGGCUUACACCAACGCCACGUCACGCGCACUCCACUUCCUGGAGACCACCCACGCCAAUAUCGCCGACGACCUUUCCUUGGCUCUCACCACCCUCACUCUGGUGAAGGCCAGAAGUCCUGCUGCUGAUGUGGCAUUCGCCAAGCUGAUGUCUCACUCUAUCACAGAGCACGGAAUGACAUUCUGGAAGUCAAACGAGACACUUGCUAUCAACGCCUACAGCCACUGGCGUCCAGCCUACGUACGCGCUCGACCAAUCGACAUCCACGUUACAUCCUACGCGCUGUUGGUGUUCGCAGCCAAGGGCCUGUUCCAGGAAGGAAUGAGCGUCCUUCACUGGCUCACUCGUCAGCGAAAUCCCUACGGUGGCUUUGCUUCUACACAGGACACCAUGGUUGGCCUGCAGGCGAUGACCGAAUUCUUGAAGGAAGCCACUCUUUCUGGAUCCGACCUUCACCUGGACGUGAGGACUGAGCACACUGUUCCCCACUUUGACAUCAGCUCCACUAACAGUCUCGUACUUCAAGCUAAGGAGCUGUCGUUUAUUCCAUCACAAGUAACAUUUGAGGCUUCGGGAAGAGGCGUUGCUGUUGCCGAGCUGGACGUGUUCUUCAAUUCAGAAUCAGACUUUGGAGAACCAGCUUUUGGUGUGUCUACAGUUCUCAUGGACGACUACCUUAAUAGCUUCAAGAUCAUGAUCUGCACACGGUGGCUGUCUGCUGGAGAAAGUGGUAUGGUGGUGCAGGAGGUAGGAAUCCCAUCAGGCUUUGCGCCGGAUAUGACGAGCAUAGGGAACGUGGCCGGUCUGAAGCGUGUGGAGCAGCGGGGACGAUUCCUCGAUGUCUACAUCGACAAGGUCACCAAGAACUCACUGUGCUACACAGUCAUGUUUGACCGCCAGGACAAGGUGGCCCACUCACAGCCCAGCUACGUCAUCACACAGGACUACUAUGAACCCAGUAACCGUGCGACGACAACGUACCUGCCGACGAGUCUUCGCGAUGCCGCAGUGUGUGACGUGUGCCGAGACUGCUGCUAAAAAUAGACCUGUGACGUAAUGAACCCUACAAGAGUUCACUGGCAGACAGCCUCCUUGUUACAUAUAAAUAACUGUAAAUAUUA